AUGUGUCACGGUUUGACAAAAAAACAAGCAAGGGAACUAGCUUUUCAGUAUGCAGAGGUGAAUAAUAUUUGUCCUGAAAGAUGGAAGGGUGAUAAAAUAGCAUCUGUGGAAUGGCUUCGUGGCUUUAUGAUGAGGCACAAAGAUUUGUCAGUCAGGAAACCUGAAAGCACAUCUUUGUCCAGAGCAACAAGUUUCAACAAAACAAAUGUUAACACGUUCUUUGAAAAGCUAACCAGCAUUUACAAAAAGUAUAGAUUUCCAUCACACAUGAUUUUUAAUACGGAUGAAACAGGAUGCAGUACUGUUUCAGCUCCUCCAAAUAUUAUAGCUGCAAAGGGAUCAAAACAAGUAGGGCAGGUUACAUCAGCAGAACGAGGUACACUUGUGACUACUCUUUUUUUUGUUAAUGCUGGAGGUGGUACUAUACCUCCUGUGUUUAUUUUUCCUCAAGUAAAUUAUAAGGAUCACAUGUUGAAUAAUGGGUCUUCUGGAGCAUUGGGUUUAUCACAUGUUUCAGGAUGGAAGACUGAAAAUAAUUUCGUUAAAGCAAUGGAACAUUUUGUAAGUCAUGUAAAACCAAGUGAAAAUAAUCCUGCUUUAUUAAUAUUAGAUAAUCAUAUCUCCCAUGUUAAUCUUCGUGUGAUAGAAUUUGCUAGACAACAUUUUGUAAAAAUUCUAACUUUUCCACCACAUUGCAGCCAUAGGUUACAGCCUUACAUACAGAAUAACUAUGAAUGA